CGAGGAGGAGGCAGGACAACGCUGCUGGAGCGGGGAAUGAUGGCGGUGAGCAAGAAGAAGGGACAAGUUUGAGACAGUAAAAAGUGGGGCAUUGUGGGCGAUCGUUCGGCGCCUAACACGAUGAAGCGAGUUGGAGAUGGCUUCGCUGUGAGUGUUUAGUUGAGACAUCAGUGCUCCAGAGAAGCUCCGCCGGACCCAUGGCACCGCUUGCGUAAAGUUGAGGGAUAGUAGUUUACCAACAAUCAGCGACAGUCUCUCCAAACCCGGCUUUUUUCCGAUUGGGCUGCAACCACAAACAAGCAAAAAUGAUCAAAGCGGAAAGCAAAGGAAGCGAGAGGACCCUGAGGAGCGCGUCCCCUCACAGAAAUGCAUACAAAUCUGACUUCCACGCUAUUAAAUGCUCCUUUGAUGGGUCAAAAUCCGAGGGCGCCGGCAAAUCAUAUGCAAAUGGCUCCAGUGACACCCGGGAGGACUCGAGGGGGAGGCCUUUUGGCACCAGAGUGAACAAGAUAAAGAACAUCUUCCUACAGAUGGAUGGUCAGCAACAGGAGUGCCAAGAGGGUAAAGUGACUUUAAAGUCUGACGUGCCCCAGGUGUCCCCACCAAAGGUGCAGUUUCCAGCCAACGCUCACAGAGUUAACUUCAACAACAGCGCUACAAGUCCAGAAUCCCACAAUUUAGAUAAAACACCCAAGGGGGAAGAUGUUGAGAUUGACAAAGUGGCUUUGGCAGAGAAGUUUUCUGUGACCAGAAAACUCUUUGAAAGGGGCAUCAAAGAGCAGCCUGCAGCUGAAAAGCAGUCUCCGAGCAGAGUGGUAACUCGUUUGUCCCUCGGAAGUGCCUCCGAUGAAGGGAAAAGCACAAGGAGAGUGUCGGGAUCCUCCGAGACUACCGUCAAAUCAGAGCAAACUCCUACAUCAGCAGUUGAAUGUCGACCAGAUGAGAAGACUGAUAAUGAGAAAAAGCAUGUCUCUAGAGUGGCACUGAAUGCAGGACCCAUGUCCAAAAGGUUGGAGAAUUAUAUGGCAGAGAAUGACUCAGAGGACAACAACACAGCUGCUGCAAGAGGAGAAACGGUGUCUGCUAAACAACACAGUGCCACUGAACACUUACCUCCUACCUCUCCGACAAGGGACAGCUUACUCAAAUCCACUACUCACUCUACACCUGUGACUGAUGCCACUAACAAAAAUGCAUCCCAGGCGGCUUGUGUCAUAAACAAAUCAGCAUCUUUGGGGACUAGUGUUGGGCUUAAGCCAACGUUCCCAGUUACCAAUGCAGCCUACAAAUCUGUUUCCCCAACAACUGAUGUGACUCACAAACCCUUCUCACCAGAGCAAACAACCCCAGUUAGUCAUGGCUACAAACGCUCCUCAUCAUCCAGUGAUGGCUUUAGUAGGACAUCUGUUGGUGGGGAUGAAGGCAAGCCACAUAGUCUGCCCCCAAGGGAUGCGAAGCAGCCUCUUCCAUCAGCUGGUGGUUUUCUGAACACCAACAGGGCUAAAUACCCUGAAAAGGCCAGGAGUAAUGACAGUGUGGUAGACAGUCCUACCAGGGACAAGCCGUCCAGCCAGACGUCAUCACUGAACUCCAGGGGGGUGGGCAUGGUACGGGCAGAACUUGUAGUGGUUCAGAAUGAAUCCUCUGAGAGUGAGGAGGAUGAAAACGUUGAAGAUAAUGUGUUUGCAGAGCAGAAGAUGCAAAGCCCCAAAGACCUACCAACAAACCUGAAAAGAACCUUUCCACCUGAAAAACAGAACUGUAACCCUGCUCAUCAUGUUGCAAAAGAGAUGCAAAGGAUAGCAGAGACCCUGGGUGAAGGGAGAGUCUUGGAGGACAAUGAUGAAUUGGGGUUGAAAGAGGAGAAGAGGGAAGACGGUUCAGUCAUGAGUCAAGAUGGUAACACUAAUCGUGAGGAAGAUGAUGAGGUAGCAGAGGAGGAAAGUGAGCUGGAGGAGCAGGUGGGCCAAAGCAUCUUGGACAGAGCCUCACCAGUAGUGUACGGUAUUGAGAAUGCAGCAUUUGUGGAUGACAGAGAUGUAGACCAGGUCCUCAGGGAAGAGGAGGAGGAGGAAGAGGAGGAGGAGGAGGAAGAUCAAAUGUAUAGGGAGUAUGACGACUGUUAUGAGGUCCCUGGUCUGUCGGAUGAGGAGGAGCCUCCCUCAAAGAGGAAAAUCAAGUUCUCCAUAGACCCCAUUCUGGUCUUCAGUACCUUCUCCAAUGAGGAGUAUGAUCGGCGCAACGAUGAUGUGGAUCCAGUUGCAGCAUCUGCAGAGUAUGAGCUGGAGAAGAGAGUGGAGAAGAUGGAUGUGUUCCCUGUGGAGAUUGAGAAAGGAGACAAUGGACUUGGCAUCAGUAUCAUAGGAAUGGGAGUGGGAGCUGACCAGGGUCUGGAGAAGCUUGGCAUUUUUGUGAAAACCAUAACGGAGCGAGGAGCAGCUGAGAACGAUGGCCGCAUACAGGUGAAUGACCAGAUAGUGGAGGUGGAUGGUAUCAGUCUGGUGGGCGUUACCCAGCUGUUUGCUGCGACAGUGCUGAAGAACACCAAAGGCACAGUGAGGUUCCUGAUUGGCCGGGAGAAGCCAGGGACGCAAAGUGAGGUUGCCCGCCUCAUAAGCGAGACACUCGAGCAGGAGAAGAACCAGCAGCAACAGCAACAACACUUGGAUGACCCCUAUGAACACUCUACAGAAGAGGAGGAGCGCUAUGAGGAGGAGGACGGAGUAGAUGAGAGGAUUCUGGGCUCCAAUUUCUCUCCAGGGCGGAACACAGAGGUGUUUGAGCUGCCUGAUUCAGAGGUUUUGUUUAUGCCGACCAACAUGGACAGCUCUCAGAUGGCCUUCAAGUUCAAAGAGCUGCAGCUCAAACACAGCAUUGCCGCAGCUGAAAUAAGUCAACUAAAGGAGAAGCUAAGGGCAUCUGAGGAGGACAAAUCAUUGUGGGAAGCCAGGGAGUCUGCACUGGAGCAAAAGAUCGAGGAUAGCAACGACAAAGUCCUGAAGUUGGAGAGUUACUGGCUGGAAGCCCAGGAUCUGUGUAAGAGUGUGAAUGAACAGUUAUCUGAGACUCAGUCCCAGUAUGAGACCCUGGACAAGAAGUACAACAAGGCCAAGAAACUGCUCAAGGACUACCAGCAGAAAGAGAUAGACUUUGUGAAGAAAGAGGAGGAGCUAAAAAAAAUUCUGGAUGAAAAGGACAAGUGGUACAAGGAGCAGCUGGAGAGCUUGCAGAGCAGGAUAGCUGCUCUGGAGUCCAGAGGGGCCUCAGUUGUGGAGUGUCACAGUGGUCAGGACUCAGCAGCAGACAAGAGAUUAAGCAGCCAAGACCCAGUCACCAGCACGCAAUCUGUUGACUCACUACUAGAACAAGAUUGGAGCGAGGUGGUCCCUGAGACUGAGCGUUUGGACACCAGUGCACACAGAGCUAAAGGCCUGCUGGCUCAGAAGGCCAAACGUCAGCCUCCAUCACGCAACAAACUUAAGGAGAGUCUCACAGUGACUUCAAGUCACUCUCAGGAAACUGAAGAAGAGGAGGAUCAGGAGGAGCAGGAAUCUCCCAGGAGGAGGAGAUCCAUCCAGGAGAGCCUGUCCCUCCCAGUGCCUGUCUGCUAUCCUGGGAAUGGACAGAAGGAUGAUCCAGGAGAGACUAGAGAUGGAUCCAGGAACAAGACAGAGCUCUCCAGCAGCCCGUCCUUGUCGCCGUCACUGGGGGACAGUGUUGAAAGCAGCGGAAGUCCUUCUUUGUCCUUGUCGCCACAUUCCCCCUCCGGAUUCAUGCGCAAUGUCAAGAAGAGAGAGUCCAAAGGCAAGGGCAAAGAGCUCAAAGAGGAACUAAAUGAGGCCUCAUCAGCAGGAAAACCUAAAAGACGAUUUCCAGACUUUGGAGGCCUCCGGAAGUCAGGUGGCAAAGGAAAAAAACAUGACAAGGAAGCGAUGAGAGCGUCUUUGGACAGCAGGGGGUCAGCAGAGUUACUGGAGGAGUCCGGAGGGAACCUGUCUCCUGCAGAUUCUAUGACCUCCAUCCCUACGUGCAUGCCCUUCUCCUGGUUUGGAGACAAAGAGAGGGACAGAGACAGAGAGCCUUCGUCUUCCAGCAGCAGUCUGCCCUACACUGCAGCUGAGACCAGCAGUGAGCAAAGCCAGGAUCGCAAGAAUAAAAGUUUUUCAGUCAUAGAUGAUUCUAACGCUGCCAGUCCCAGUUCAGACAUCUCUGGGUUAGUUGCUGAACCCAAUCUGUCUGGGCGCUCGCACACUUUAAUCUUCUCUUCCAGCGAGACUUUGGAUGAUGAACCAGUAGCUACAGGAAAGGACUAUCAGUGGCAGAACCGGCCUGUCUCUGAAUGGACCAAUCAACAGGUCUGUCACUGGUUGAUGGGCAUGAAUAUGGACCAAUACACACCUGAGUUCACAGCUAAGGGAGUGGAUGGCCAGCAGCUCUUGCAUUUGGACAGUGACAAGUUGAAGGCACUCGGUGUGUCAAGUCAGAGCGACCGUUCAACUAUCAAGAAGAAACUGAAGGACCUGCGUAAGUCUCAGGAGAAGCUGGAGAAACAGAGAGAGAAGAAAGAGAAGGAGGUUCGACGCAGUGGGAGACUUCCAGUCAGCACUGACUCUGUCUGCUGAGGUAGCAGCUCUGCACUCUGAAUCCAUGCAAUUCAUAAAGUUCAUCGCUAGCAGACCCAUGAGAAGCCCUUUUUUUUUUUUUUUUUUUUACAUAUGUUUGGUGCCACGACAUUCGUGCCACAUGGUGUUAAUGCCAACAACCAGAGAACAAGACUGCCAGGAGUGGACCGGGGCGGACUGAGGUGCCAGUUAUGAUUUCUGUUCAUACUGUAGCAUCCUGUUUCUCUUCUCAUCACUGUUUCUCUUGAAUAUUUUUAACAAAUUUCAGCUCAAACCAUUUUAACUGAAAGAUGGGGAAUGUCAAAAAAGGUUGGGUAUGUGACCAAAAAGGAAUCCUAACAUUUUUUACCACUAAAAAGCUAGACACUAUAAUUAUAAAGUCUGUUUUCAGAUCUAAUGUAGUUGCUGCAGAUCAUGCACACACAUAUACCUAUGGAAGUCAAGUGUAGACUGCUUUUUCCGCAUUUUAUAUUUUUGCUAGUAUAACUUGCCUGUUUCCAUGUACAACUCUUUUCUUGCAGGAACGGUUAUUGUACAGUUCAGAUAAAAGCACUAUAUUUGUCUUUUAAGCUUCAAUGGGCGACAAGGUUUUUAAAUGUAUAAAUAAGUUUUAUACAUGUGCCUAUUAACUGCAUAUUUCUUUUUUUUUUACUUAAAUACCAUUGUUCAUUUUAUACUAUCUAAAUUUUUCUACUAAGUAGAAUAGCUCAGCCGUCGUUUUUGCUGAACGAAAAGCAACAAAAAAAAUCAAGUAGGGACGAGGCGAAUGCUGCUCCUGCUGGCCCUGACUCUGGGUGUGUGGCACUGAGAUGGUACCAGACGCUCCAUGUACAGUAAAGACACACACAGCAUGCAGGUCUGCUACACGCACACCUCGUUGGUCCAUUAGACGGUAAGAUGUGCCCACGACAAGGACCUGUCUGAGUCGGAGCGCAGCGUCGUGUAUGAAUGUGAGGCUGAAAGAUGAGUUGUUCACAGCCAAACCGAAGUGCUUCCUUUCUUCUUCCCAAGCAUGACUCUAUGUUCUGUAUAGAAUACGACAUGUUGGACUGCAAGAAAAUCAUGUUUUCCUCACCUUCUGAGACGGGAGAAACAUUUCUUGGUACAAACCGCAUCAAUAAACUAAUUUUCACUUUA